AUGACGACCGAAGAUGAACGUCGAGAUAAAUCAACAUUAUUAGAAGGUGUUGAAGAAAAAAUCAAAGAUAUUACAAAUAAACUUUAUGUUGUUUUGGCUGCAUUAAUUAAAGGUAAUCGAGUUAAUUGUUCAAAUUUUGCUCAAAGUGCUCGACUUAAUUGGCUUGUUAAUCGUUUACAAUCCCAACAAGCAUCAAGUGGAGUAUUAGAAGUACUUCAUAGUAUACUUGUUGAUAGUCCAGAAGUAUUAAAUAUGAUUACAGAAUCACAUAUACUUGCAAUUAUUGGAUUACUUGAUAGAAAUGGUCGAGAUCCAAAAGUACUUGAUGUUUUGUGUUCACUUUGUGUUAAUAAUGGUGUAGCUGUUCGUGCUAAUCAAAAUCUUAUUUGGGAAAGUCUCAUACAAAGACGAGAUCUUCUUUUACAAACUGCUUUAGUUGAUCAUGUUACUUGCAUGCGUUCAAAUAUUGUUGUUGGAGUUGAAGAUGGUGAAUCAAUGUAUAAAAAAUGGUAUUUUGAAGUUAUUAUUGAUCAUAUAGAACAAGUAACACAUGUUCAACCACAUAUUUGUAUUGGUUGGACAACAACACAUUUUCAACCAUCACCUGGUCAUGAUGAUGGAUUUUCAUCAAAUGGUAUUGGUGAUAAUACAUAUUCAUAUGGUUUUGAUGGUCAAAAUAUUUGGUUUGCUGGUCGUGCAUAUGAUGUAUCAAAUAAUGAUAUAAAGCAAGUCGGUUUUUAA